AUGCCUCCUCGAAUACAAUCCCUUCUGCAUAACGGUCCCAGCUUCAAGGCUGGCCGGUCUGUUUCCACACAGCAGCGACUCUUCUCCAAGAGUCGCCAUGUCCGAGGACAGGACAACAGCGACAACGCAAAGCUGACACAUGUCUCUGCCUCGGGGGAGGCACGGAUGGUCUCCAUAUCAGACAAGACGGUGACAUCACGCAUCGCCAAAGCUGCAUGCACCGUCCGAUUCUCAAACAGCACAGCGAUUGGGCUCAUCAGAGACAAUCAGAUGAAGAAGGGGGAUGUCCUGGGGGUCGCGCGGAUCGCUGGCAUCAUGGCAUCGAAGCGAACUCCAGAUCUGAUCCCACUCUGUCAUCCGAUCUCGCUCUCCAAGGCCGCGGUUGAUCUCGACGUCAGGGGUGACGACAGAGUCGAGAUCGUAGCCACGGUCACGUGCGACGGAAAGACGGGGGUGGAGAUGGAGGCGCUGACGGCGGCGUCUACGGCGGCAUUGACAGUUUACGAUAUGUGCAAGGCUGUGGAUAAGGGCAUGGUCAUCGAGGGGUUGAGAGUUGUCCUCAAGGAUGGGGGAAAGAGUGGGAGAUGGGAAAUGGAGUGA